CGCCCUUCCGAAUACCAUUGCAGCGUCACCGUCUUCAUAACUCCACUUUAUUACCCUACCAAAAAAAAUGGAUUUUUGAUAGCUUGCAUUUGCUGAUAAAUUCGAGGACGGGAGGAAAGCAAAGCACCGCCCUUGGCUGGUCGUUCUCCUUCUCCACCUCCUCGGCUGAUAGACCCCGUGGCCUCGCCCUCUUGGACUUGUCACGGAAGGUAUCGUUAUCGUAUCCCUUCCCCUCGCCCUGUUGGUCGCUCUUCCGUUAUCGUGUCCCCUUCCCGUCGCCCUCUCGAACGUGGCACGGAAGGUAUCGUGAUCGUACUCCUUCCCACUUCGAACGCCAUCGCCAGCGAUAUCCCAAGUUUGAGAAGGGGGAAGAGGGGCUCCGUACUUUCUUGUGGUGGCGGUGGCGGUGACGCAAGACAUCUUUUUGGCGACAAAGCUCAGUAGUUAAAAUAAAUUAUCACCGUGGUCUGGAGGUAUUAAAACUUGGAUAACAAGCAUGGGGCAUGUGCUACAGAAUCAUCAAGUGCGUGACAUGAGAUCAGAACAAGGCCUUAAUUACCUUCAUCCUAAUGACUGCAUAUUUCUAGGCAGCUCCCUGAACUCCACAAAUCAGAGCAUACCUCCAGUCCUUCCAGCUUCAGGGAAUUCUGCAGAUCUUCAUCUCCAAUUUACAGAUCCUUCUAGAAGAAACUGCAUUGCAGAUCCUUAUAGAAGAAACUGCAUCCAUGGAAAUCACUACAAUGGAAUGCAAUAUUGCCAACCUGUCUCAGGCAAUUAUGUAGGUGAGGUUGCUCCAGCAAACUUCUAUAAUCCUUGCCUGCCUCCUCCUUCAAGUAGACUUCUGUCUAUACCUAUAAACAAAAGGUUUGUUGAUCAUGUGCUAUCCUCCACUAAUCAAAGGGCUUUUGGAACUGUCAUGAAUGAUGGUAGAGAUAACUACUCCAUUGAUGGUCUUAACGAGCCUCGCAAAAGAAAGAAUACAGAAGUUGUGGCAGAAAACUUUGACUAUUAUAAUGCAGUAGGGAACUCAAAUUUUUCCUCUGCCUAUCUCUUCCUGAAUUCUGAACUGUCACAAUGGCUGGAGCCAUAUAAUUAUGGUGGAUCAAGUGUCACAGCUUUUACUGUACCUGGAUACCAAGCUAAUGGUAUUUUAACAACCACAGAAGAUUCUCAUAGACUUGUGAAGGACAGAUCUAGUGCCAUCAGCCCUCAGCCUGUGCAUCCAUUUUCAUGUCAUCAUAACUAUUUGCUUCAAGGGAAUCAAAUGGAUCAGACCUUUCAACCUUCAGGGGCAUGCCUAAAUUCAGGGCAUCUAGAAGUUGCAGACACAAGUGUACACGAAUACCAGGGCAAUCCACCCAACAGAUAUGCUGCAUGUUAUAUGCAUAAUCCAUCCUUUCCUAAUGCUUAUCAAAAUUAUUCACCUGUGCAAAUCAUGCAAGUCCAAAGUUACAGCUAUCACACUCAAAUGCCAGCACCAUCUUACUGGCAUCCAUUCAACAACUUGCAUGCAGACAAUGUGUAUGCUCUGAGGAAUGAUCAAGAAUCAUGUUCCAGAUUUGUAGGGCCCAUGCCAUCCUUAUCUGAACAGAUGUACGUUCCUCCAAUCUUUGGGACAGUUCCAGGAUUUAGCUAUGAACUUAGAAAUCCACCGUUUGAGGAUGCUAUGGAGAUUCCACAAUUCUAUAGUUUCGAGGAUUCUUUUGAUCAAUAUAGUGAUAUGCGAAUGGAUAUAGAUGACAUGUCAUAUGAGGAACUUCUGGACUUGGAAGAAAAGAUUGGAGAUGUCAAAACUGGUUUGUCAGAAGAAUUCGUCUUGAAGAAUUUAAGGACAAGCAUGCACGUCCAGCAAUCAACAUCCUUGGCAUUAGGUUCAUUGUCCCAAGCGGCAUUUGAGAAUGGAACUUGCAUGGUUUGCCAGGUAGAAUACGAGGACAGUGAAAGGAUAGGAACUCUGGGCUGUGGUCACAGUUAUCAUGCAGACUGCAUAAAACAAUGGCUGUUUGUUAAAAACACCUGCCCAAUCUGCAAAGCGCCGGCCUUGGUGGCCAAUAAAAAGGAUGGAUGAACAGAGGAACCAUUCAAAGUAUUUGUCCAAGAAUUGAUUUUUUUUUCCCCCUUCAUUUUUGAGUAUACAUUUUUUAAGAAAAAUCAAUUUAUAUCUGUGAAUAGAGAUGUUGGAUUAAUCUGCCCCCACACUCGAUGAUCUUUGAUAAAUGUUCAGGUGAACAUGCUCCCUGAAACUGUAUGUAAAAAAAGUGGCAUAUGCGUUUUAUUCUAAUUUCACGUCAUAAAACCAGCUUUUUAUGAUUAACAAU